AGUAAAUCGUGUUUGGAAGCGAAAAAAGACUCAUCGAGUCAUCGGCGUGCAAGUGCAUUGGCAGGUGCUGGUGGCCGCUCCUUUCUUUCGCGGACAGAACCUCCAAUCGCGUAGCUCGGCAGUCCUAGAGCCCAAGUCGUGUCGCUAGCAGAACCGAUAAGCGGCCAGUAAAAAGAUGGAAACCACCAACGGCACGCUGGAUCACGGCGAAACGGAACAAACGCAAACGCAAUCAGCAUUCGACAAUGUUGACAUCACAUCACCGGACGAGGAAAACGAGAACGAUAUCUUCGAGUCCGCGAUUCAGCAGGAACCAUUAUCGCCCGUGCUGGAGGAUGUACCGACGGACGAAGCAGGCGAUGCGUUUAUCGAAAUUAGCGUUUCCGACCCGCAGAAGGUUGGCGAUGGAAUGGGAUCGUAUUUAGCGUACAAGGUGUCCACAAAGACCAACAUACUGAAGUUCAAAAAGCGCCAGUUUUUCACCAUGCGCCGCUUUAGCGAUUUUCUCGGUCUGCACGAUCUGCUCGUGAGCAAGUAUCUGCGCCUGGGGCGCAUUAUACCGCCGGCCCCGGAGAAGAACAUUAUCGGCACGACGAAAGUGAAAAUGGGCGGCCAGGGUGGUCAAGCCGAAACCGGUACCGCAGGCGUCAACGUGGAGUGGAUCGAAAAUCGACGAAAAUCACUCGAGCGCUUCCUGAACCGGGUCGCCCAACAUCCGGUGCUGUGUCAGGAUACGGAUUUUGUUAACUUUCUCGAGAGCGACCAAGAGUUGCCCCGGGCCGUCAACACGGCUGCGCUGAGCGGAGCCGGCGUCAUGCGGCUGUUCAACAAAAUGGGCGAAACGGUGAACAAGAUCACGUACAAGAUGGAUGAGAACGAUCCGUGGUUCAAUGACAAGAUCAACGAAGUCGAAACGAUCGAUGCGCACAUGCAGAAGCUCCACUCGGCGAUCAAGGCACUGGUGACACACCGAAAAGAGCUGGCCACGCUGUCGGGCGGUGUGGCAAAGUCGGCUGCCCUGCUGAGCACGUGCGAGGAGCACACUGGCCUCUCGCAAGCCCUGUCGCAGCUGGCCGACGUUGAAGAGAAAGUGGAGCUGCUGCGCUCGGAGCAAGCGAACUCGGAUCUGUACAUUCUGUCGGAGACAAUCAAGGACUACAUCGGACUGUUCGGUGCAAUCAAGGACGUGUUUCACGAGCGCGUGAAGGUGUUCCAGAAUUGGCAGCACGCGCAAAUACAGCUGACAAAGAAGCGCGAAAACAAGGCAAAGCUCGAGCUGCAGGAGCGACGUGAUAAACUAGAGUUUGCCCAGAAGGAGGUGGAAGAGUGGGAAGCCAAGGUGCAACGGUGCCAGAAGGAAUUCGAUAACAUCUCGAGCGAGAUCAAAAAGGAAAUGGAACGCUUCGAGCUGGCGCGCGCCCGUGACUUCAAAUCUACCAUCAUCAAGUAUCUAGAGGACCAAAUGGCACACCAGCAGCAGCAAAUGAAGUACUGGGAAGCGAUCGUCCCGGUUGCCCGUGAUAUUGCAUGAGAGGACGCGAACGCGACGAAUCCGCCCAUCCCUACGUACUAUGACGACGAUCACGAUGGCCAUGGCGGUGAGCGUGUUCCGCCGGCAGACCGGCGUAUGUGUUUGUCGAUCAAUUUAGCCGAUUCCAACGCCAGAAUGUCGUAGACUGCAAUGCGCCCGACCGACAGUUGAUAAAUGGUGUUCUAGGUCUAAGAUGUUUUUCCUGACCACCGGAGGGUUGUAAACCACUCGGGGUUGCUCAGGCGUAAGAACGGAAGGUUCUUGUUUCUUUCGUUAAGUUUUUCUCUUCUCUCUUUGCUUCUCUAUUAAGACAAACCUUACUAUUAACUGCGUAGAUCCGUAACUGCGGUACGGAGGAAGUUUAUUACCAUUGCGCUCUGAAAGUAAACGGAAGGCAUGAGAAAGGAAAGUAUCAAAGUUGACAUUAUAUCGAAUUCGAAUGACCAAACGUGAUCUAAGAUGUAAAUAAUCCAAUAGUAAACAUUUGUAAACAACAACACGAAAAGGAAUUCCGCAAAAUCUAGCCGCGAUAGAUCACGUACGAUCUGUAUUAGAAGCUGUUCCAAGCAUUCAGCAACUUGCGUCUCCUGCCCUAUGGUCUGCAAACUACCCUGACGUUAUUUACACUUUACUCUUCUCCCGUUCAUUUUGCGUCGAACAAACUUCUGGUCAUAAUUUUCCGCUUGCGAUGUACAUAAGAAAGACUCCGUAUUGAUGUAGUCAAGACAAAAAAAAAACAAACAUUACCCUUAAACUUGUAUUCCCUGAACCGAAAGCGGUAGUUAAAAGUAGAACCAAAGUUUACAAUGCUACGAUUUGAUGCCUCCGGUUAGCGCCUCACUGGAAACCAUUUUGCUGGAGCGUCGAUCUCACAAUGGUUUCUACUACUCUACGUUAAGUUUGAAUUCCAACAAUCAUUCGCCGGCGAACACUAUCCAUUUCUCGGCGAAGCUGCGCUGACAAUGAAACAUUUGCAGUUAUGUCUCUGUUCACUGAGUUUUGUGUUUGCGAGUAUGACCCGGUCCCUGUUUCGGAAAUGGGCGAUCCAGUUUGCAAAUUUGUCCAUCUCGCCAGUUCAUCUCCAAUUAUUCUUACUCUUUGAAAUUUGUCACGAGACGACGAAGUAUUAAAUGAUCAAAACUUACCCGGCUCUUGUCGAACUCUUUGUUCGAAGAGUAAAUGCGAACGGAAGGAAUUUUGCGUUAGAAUUCGUUAAAAUUUUUCCAGUGAAGGGUCUGAAGCAUCCCACAAAGGUCUUUCGUCGCUUCACAAGAUGUGCAUAGGUUAGGCAAUACGUGCGCGAGUUCGCGAGAGAAGAUUACGUUAUACGAAGAAUUUUUAAAACAAGAAAUGAAUCAAUAGGUAGGACUGCAGAGGGAGCGCCCGACAGAAAGGAUAAGAGUAGUCUGGCAACCCACACGGUGUCCUCAGUUCGUUUCCGUGUGCUCGAACUUUUGUUCUCAAGUUUUGUGUAUAAGAUUAUCAUAGAUUUCCACACUCUAUGCUGUGCUUAGAUGUUGAACUUAGCAAGGAGAAAAGAGAAAAUAUUUUGCGCUAAUCAGUGCAUUGUGCUGGCAUCGGUUUUUGUUUUCAAAAUAUAACUAGAAGGGCAAAGGAUAUGAAACAAUUGAAUCACUACUGCAUACCUGAAAUGGAAGAUAUGUUGGCAUAUUGUUCUUAAACAUCCUCUCUCACGCUACGUCACGAUCACCUCGAUUCACUGUGACCGUUACGGGUAACUGCGUUUACAGUGUGCGGCUACAGAGGAAAAGCAUUACACAAUCAGAACCAGCUUUAGUUCUACAGUAGAUCAGCGACUGGCUCGACUUCGAUUCCUGCCAACCCAGCAAAACGUCAGCAGAAAUUUGGUGCCGUUUCCUUAUCAAACUCUUUUAAGCUUAGAUCAUUCCAACACACUGUUGUCGUAGGUUAUUUAUCUUUUCGGUUUUCGAAUACUGAUGGUGAAUCAUCUUCCUGCUAAAUAUCACCCCUUUACUGUUCGUUUACCGCCUUUACUGCCUCCGCGUCAUCACAACAAUCACUGCUGGGGUUAUAUAUUCGAUCAGUCCGCGUAAAAUGAUAAGGGUGCUUCAAGAAGAUAGCUGUAAUCAGUGACCCCAACGCUAAUAGACGCUAUACCACGACUUUAUGUACGAUACACGCCUCACCAGCAGCUUUCUCCUGAAGCAUCGUGUGAAACCGAUGAACAUGAAAUAUCUGUUGAAUGCAUUUGAUUUUUGGAGCCUGUGUCGCGCCAUGUUCUCGAACGCUCACUCGCUCUCGAAUAAACAGCGCAACACCCGGGAAGAGACGCUUCGACAACGCACGACGCAAUCGCAAGAGAAAGGUGUUCAUUAGCGAGCAAAGGCAAAAGAUACAAAACACGUGAGAACUGUUAUAAUUUU